AUGGCGGAACCUUACAAACCGGCAGCUCGAAUAAUGAGCGAUAAAAUGGAAAAACGAUUCUCGAAAGAUGUAUUGUAUUGGCGGCGCAUGGAGCGUUUGGCUGUUUUUCAAGAACCAGGUAAUGUCUCAAGCACAUCUUUCUCUCCAACAGAUAGCAAUAUGGUCGCCAGUACUUCUUCGAUCAAGCUAACACUUUACGAUGCCACGAUUUGUGAACCUCUGGUAACGCACGGGCGUUUUAAGCAAGCUGUUUAUGGAGUAAGAUUUCGUCGUGAUGGUAAACUACUGGCUGUUGGUAGUGAAGAAGGUCAAGUUCGUCUAUUUGAUGUGCGAAAACACACUUGCGAUGGGAAGAAAACUCCAUUAAGAAUUUUCAAAGCUCACGAAAGCGCAGUCCAUACGGUAAUUUUUACAAGAUCCGGAAAAACACUCAUAACAAUGGGUGACGAAGGAUCUAUUAAAUUAUGGGAUAUUGUCGAAACGAAAUCUAUUCCUUUGAAAGUGUUCGAUGCCGUUCAUAAUGAUCACAUACGAUGCAGUGAUGCUUCCAUGCUUUCUGAUCACUUAUUCGUAAGCGGUUCAUACGAUCAUACAGCGAAAGUUUGGAAUGCUGAAACAGAAGGGAAUGAAGCCCUAAUGUCUGUAAAUCAUGGCUCACCAAUUGAACAGGUUCUGCUUCUUCCGGGUGAUUCAUUCAUUGUUACGGCCGGUGGUCAGCUCAUUAAAAUUUGGAAUAUUGUCUCUGGUGGUACUUUGCAUCAUACGCUUCAUCAUCAUCACAAAACGGUAACUUCACUUUGCCUUGCAUCGAAAGGUACCCGUCUUCUUUCGGGCGGUCUCGAUAAAAGGGUGAAUGUUUUCAGCCUCGAUAGCGGUGACUAUAGACUGGUGCAUUCGUUUAGUUUACCUGCUCAGGUACUCACAUUGUCGAUUUCAUCAAAUGACAAAUUUAUUGCUAUAGGUAUGGGUAAUUUAUUGCAAAUUUCCAUGCGGAACGAGCCAGGAAAGUUGGAAGAAUCUUUAGAAGCUGCACAAGCUGAAAAUGCAGGACUUGAGUACCAUAAAAAAAUGCAUUCAAAUGCACCUGUCGUAUACCAACAACUCCGAGGUGGAACUGUAAAAAAGGCUGAAUUGACUGCUGCCCGUGUUCCACAGGCCAAAUUGGAUAAAGUUGAUUUGUUAUUGCGACGAUUUAAACACUGGAAAGCAGUCGAUGUUCUUUUUCGCGAGAAACACUAUAAGUCACGUCCUGAUAUUAUUGUCGGAGCACUAAUGCAGAUUUAUAAACGUGGAGCAUUAACGGUGGCACUGUCAGGACGUAAGUCAGACACCAUCCAUCCAAUACUUGUCUUUUUGAUGCAGAAUUUCUUUCGGCCCGAAUAUAUGCAUAUAUUACUCAAAACAAUAACCAUUAUAUGUGACGUUUAUGGUAAUGAAAAUAUUGAUCGAAAAAUUGCCAAAAUGUUUUUUAAACUUCAUCGUGAAAUUCAACGAGAAAUUGAAGUUCGCAAUAAGUUAACUGAGUUACGUGGGAUGUUAGAUAUGCUUAUUCAAGUGUCAGAAAUGAACACUGGGAAAUUGGUGAAUAAUCGGGAUGAUAUCGGAGUUUUUGGUGAAGUCGUUGUAACUCCCAUUCCUUUCACAGUGGAUGUCAAUGGACGAAGCAGAGAUAAUGGCAUGCCUAAUAGUACUACUUAA